CAGAGCCACAGCCCAGAGGAGAAGAAGUUUUUGGACCUGAAGACCCGAGGACCUGAGGAGAACUUUGGAACCGGACCAGCACAGGACCAAGCCGUGUGCCAAUUUAUGCGGCCAUAAAAGUUAAAGGGGAAAUCAUCCAAAGCAGGGGCGGAGGAGAAUCACUUAACCAACUGCAGAGACAGUCGCAGCAUUAGAGGACGUGCCGGGCAUGCCGAACGGGCCCUUAGUCCUUAGCCCCGAGUCCCCAGUUUCAGGCCACAGUCUUAGCCACAUCCACAUCCCCGUCCCCAUCCGUAGUCGCAGCAUCGGCAACAUCGGCAGCAGGAGCCGGAACAUGAUGUAGGAUACCGAGGAGGGACAACGUUCUUGUUGAUGAUGCGCCAUUGCCAUCGACUUGUCUGCCCCUUUGAGCCUACGAGAGCUGCCACCAGAGAGGGAGGAGAGCCAGAGCCAGAGCCAGAGCCUGCUGCCUAGGCCCCGAAUCGGACCAAUUUAUAAUUGUGAAUCAUAACGACGCCAGAUACAGAUACAGAUACAGAUACACAAGCAGUGCCAUUGCCAUUGCCAGGGCUAGAGCCAGAGCCAGGGAAAGAGCCAAGGCUUUGCAUACGCAGAAAGUUUCCAAGUGAUUAAUUUCACAAAGGGAUUCGACAGAAGCAGGAGCAGGAGCAGGAGAAGGAGCAGCAGCAGCAGGAGCAGGAGCAGCAACUUAAGCCAAUUACGCAAGUGAUAAGAACGAAAUAAAGCAAGGGCCGGGGCAGGGGCAGCGCCAGAUGCCGCCAUGAGUUUCCUCAGCUCUAUGCAGCAGUAUGUAACAAGUGGCAUCUCGAGCCUGGGACUCGGCAAUCGACGCUUCUCCCUCUCCCGCCAGGAGUCCAGCGAGCAGCAGUCGGGCGGCGUUGGCGGCGUCCCACCUGGUGGCAUCGCUGCCGCUACACCUCAGCCACCGUUUGCCCCGCAGCAGCAGCUGCAACAACAGCCGCUGCCACUGCCGUUGCCACUUCAACAGCAGCAGCAGCAGCAACAAUUGCUGCUGCAGCAGCAGCAGCAGCAGCCGCCACACGGCCACCCACCGCUUCAGCAACAGACGAGCAUUGGCAGUGGCCUGGGCAUAGGACUAGGUGCAGCUGCCGUUUAUGGGGCACCGGCCACACCCAUCGCAGGAGUGGGAGCCACAGCGAGCGGCAGCAAUUAUCCAUCCGGCGGCGUGGUAAUCGGCAACCCGAAUGCCACAAAUCCAUUGCUGGGCUAUCCCAAAACUGGAGCUGGUUGCAGCUCCACAUCCGCUUCCGGCAGCGGCGGCACACCCCAGUCCCGUCGCCAAUCGCGCGCCCUGGAAUGCCUCGCCCCGCCGCGCACCGGCUCGUUCCGGCAACGCAACUCGCCGCUGCACCAAGUGGAUCCGCCGCCACGCCCACCGUUGGCCUUCUGCAAGCGUCGCCUGAGCUGGCCCGAGGUGGACCCACGCUCGAAUUCCGGAGUACAGGAAACGGAUGGCUCGUAUUUUGAGAACUUUACAUCGCUCGGCUGGAAACGUGAAAAUCGUCGCAUGUCAGCCACGCGUGCCGCCGAGGCACGUGCCGAGGCUAAUCCCGAAAAUGAACGUGAUCCGCCGGCGCCUGAGGAGUCCAUUGACCGCCAGGACGAGAAGGAGAAACUGUAUGCGGAGGUCUUGCAUACCAUUGCAAAUACGGUGGGCGCCCCAGCACCGGGCGGACAGUUUGCACAUUACAAGGAUGAGAUGUAUCUGCAUGCACAGCGCGCCUUUGGUGUCAAUCCGGAUCGUCAUUAUCGCCUGCUGCAUGCCUCCGCCGAGGAUAAACCAAAGAUAAUCGUACUCUCUGCGGUGGUAAUCGAGGCUGAUGGCCUGGAGGCGAAGGACGCCAAUGGUUUCUCGGAUCCGUACUGCAUGCUGGGCAUCCAGCCGGACGGUGACGGUUGUCCGCCCGUGUCGCCGCUGCCGCUGCCGCCGACACCGCGAGCCCUAUCGGCCGACAUGAGCGGUGGCUUUGACAACAGCGCCACGGAUUCGCCGCCGCACCGAAAGCAUAGCUUCCGGCUUAGCUUCAAGCGGCGGGAGGCGGGUCGACGGGAGCAGCGCGACUCACUGGGCGGCCCGGUGCCCGCCAAGCUCAUCAAGGCGACCAGCAUCAAGCCGCACACGCUGACCCCCAAAUGGAAUGAGAAGUUCAAAUUUGACAUAGAUGACAUCAACACGGACACCUUUCACCUGGACAUCUGGGACCACGAUGACGAAAGCUGCGUCCUGGACGCCGUCUCGCGACUGAACGAAGUUCGUGGCGUGCGCGGACUGGGGCGGUUCUUCAAGCAGGUCUGCCAGUCGGCGCGUCAGGGCUCCCAGGACGAUUUCCUCGGCUCGGUGAACAUAGCCAUAUCGGAUAUACCCUCCACCGGGCUGGAUGCCUGGUUCAAGCUGGAGGCACGCAGCCACCGCAGCACCGUGCAGGGACGCAUCCGUCUCAAGCUGUGGCUCUCGACACGCGACGAUCGGGGCAAUAUCGCCGAGGAGAAUCACGAGCACCAGAUGCACAAGGUCGAACAGCUGCAGAUGGUGUUCAUGCAGCACGAGGUGACCACCCACGAGCCCUCGUGGACCUGGUGCGGGGACCUGCCGGGUCCGGCCCUAACCAUACUCCAUCAGUUGGCCGUGCAGGGAGAUCUAUCGGACCUGCACUGCGCCAUGGCCAGAUAUGUGGCUGCGGCCAAGUUGAAUCGAUCGACACCAUUGGACCCGAAGUUCCUGCACCGUCUGCUUGGCGAUGUGGAGAAGCAGUGGAAUCAGCCCAAUCAGGAGGCCUUGAGUCGGGAUCUGGAACAGUGGCUGGCCGAGGCGAUGAAUGGAUUUGUGGAGCGUUCGCUGAACCAGAUCCGGCGGCACAGGGACAUCUUUCCGGCCCUGAAUCCGCCAUCGCUGAUACGCCUGGAGUUCCUGCUGCGCUGCCUGGGACUGCUCGGCUCUAUGCGGGCCUUUCGGGCCGUCUGCCCCUUCAACAAGGGCGUGCGCGGCGAGGUGGUGAAUGCCCUGCGCAAGGGCUCCGUCAUGUGGGGCCAGAAUGUGCUCCGCGAGUCGCAAUGCUUGCCCAAUCCAUUAUCGAAUUUCGUAACAACAUUAACGGCCGACAUCCAGCUGGGACAGACGUAUUACCAUGCCCUCUUCGACAACACGAACGGGAUACAGUACUUCAGCAUUAUCUACAAACAAUACGAUGCGAUGGUGGGCGAGGAGCUGUACAGCCGCAUGGCCGCCGGCCAGGUGCCAGGUGUGCGGAUGAACCUGUCGCAGUAUGCCGUGCUCGAGGGCGACGCGGAACCGGUGGAUACGAAGCCGUUUGAAUUGUUUCUGGCUCUGCAGGAGUUCUGUCAUUUGAAACGACACCUGUCCGCCCAGCCGCAGCCGCCGGAGAAGCCGCUGGCCCUGAGCAACAGCCACGAAUGGUUCAUCCCCACAUUUGAGCGCUGGAUGAUGGUGAGCAAGGCGAAGGCCCUGCAGCGGAUCCGCGCAGCCAUCCGCAUGGACGCCAUCUGUGAGGGCGAGCGCAUAGUCAGGUACAGCAGCUCCUCGGUGGACACGGCCAGCACUCUGCUGAACAUCAAGGAGUUCUGGAAGGUCAUCAACUGGCCGGACGAGGACACGGCCAUCAUGCUGGAGUCUCAGCUCAUCGACGUGGUCUGCUCGGCGGCCAUGCACUACUGCGACCUCAUCCACACCGCGCUGGCGGACAGCGGCUACUACGAGCAGCAGGGCCCGUUCCGCUGCUCGGACGACAUGUGCGUGACCGUCAACAAUGUGGAGUAUGUGCGUCGCACCCUGGCCGAGUUCCGCUCGGAUGAACAGCCCCUGGAGGAGUCGGCCGACAACCUCCUGGAGUCCAGCCUGACCCACAUGGAAAACCGCACCGAGCGCAUCCUCUCGAAGCUGGCUCCGCUCAUGCAGAUGUCGCUGCAGAAGGCGGUGUUCCAUCUGGCCUGGUCGCCGGACUCCUUGCCGGCAAAUCAGGCGAUUGUGCCGCUGCUGGAGUACUUGGACUGUCACCUGGCGGCGCUCAACAGCGCCCUGCUCACCAAGAACUUCAACCGAUCGCUGCGCUUCAUCUGGAAGACGGUUCUGGGCGAGAUGUCCCGCCAAAUGGAGACGGGCGACGAGACGGACAAGCCCACGCACUUCCACAAACGUCUCUACGAGGCCCUGCAGCUGCUGGUGGACUUUUUUCACGCCGAGGGCCAGGGCCUGCUGCUGGAAUGCCUGCACACGGACGACUUCUGGCGCAUCGAGCAGCGGCUGCAGUUCCACAAGACGGACACGGAUCGGCUCAUAGACAUGUUCUACAUGAACCGCCUGCGAGAGCAGCUAAUGGCCGUGAGUCCAAGUCCGUACGGAUCGCUGGCCGUGCGGGCCUACUUCAAUCACGAUUCUCUGUGCGUGGAGGUCCUGCAUGCCAGGGAUGUGGUGCCACUGGAUCCGAACGGGUUCAGUGAUCCGUUUGUGGUCAUUGAACUGCUGCCACGAAGGGUCUUCCUGCACUGCAUGGAGCAGCAGACAAACGUCCACAAGCGCACGUUGAACCCCAUCUUCGACGAGUGUUUUGAGUUCUCUGUCACCUUGGAGCAAUGCCUCACCGAUGGCGCCAUGAUAUGCUUCACGGUCAUGGAUCACGAUGUCCUUACGGCCAAUGAUUUCGGCGGGGAGGCCUACCUGGCCCUGGGCAAUAUACCCGGCGUGGAGGCCUACAGCACCAGUGUGGACAACUUUCAUGGCCUAAAGCAGAUCGAGCUGCCCCUCAUGCAGCAGAAGGAUAAAUGCAAUCCCAUUUUGCAAAUCCUUGAGCUGCGCGUCAAUGACAAACAGGCCCAGGACUUUGUGCGCAAGCAAAAGGCGCGAUUUAUCACUUGAUUUUAAAGGACAGGACAGGACAGGAAAGGACAGAGCGAACCGUUUGUAAAACGUGUAUUUGAGAUCAAAGAGAUCAAAAGUGUGGAAAGU